AACUGACAAUAGAUUUGGUUAGGUGUCAAAAUUUCGGAUUCGUAGAGGAUUGCACUGUAAGUUUCUUACAGGGUAAUUUCUCAAUUUUUCCUGUUAUACCAAAAUUUCCUCAAAUUUUCGCCUGAGCGCAGGUGAAGCUUGUAACUUUGGAUAUAAAAUGGAAUGAAACGAUAACCAAAAUGCCACUAGCCUCUCAAAAUACUAAAGGACCAUGUUUUUGGUGUAUAAAGGUAAUGAAAUGGGUCCCCGUACUGUUUAUUAUGACAAUUGUAGCAUGGUCUUAUUAUGCCUAUGUGAUUCAAUUAUGUUUUCUGACUGUGGAUUCACUUAUGGUUAAAAUUUUAUACUUAAUAUUCUACCAUUUAAGUUUAGCAAUGUUUUUAUGGGCCUAUUGGCAAACUGUAUUUACAGAAAUAGGACGGGUGCCUCAAAAAUAUAGAAUACCAGAUUCAUGUCAUGAGCAGCUGCUUAGAGCAGAAUCAGCAGAGGAACAACAGAACAUUCUGGAGGAAUAUUCAAAGAAUUUACCAAAUGUCAACGUGAAUAUAAAUGGAGCUGUAAGAUAUUGUGAUAAAUGUAGAUGCAUCAAACCCGAUAGAGCUCAUCAUUGCUCAGUAUGUGGGGAAUGCGUUCUGAAGAUGGAUCAUCAUUGCCCGUGGGUCAACAAUUGCGUGUCAUUCACCAACUAUAAAUUUUUUGUCUUAUUUUUAGGCUAUGCCUUAUUGUACUGUUUAUACGCGGCUCUUACAGCACUACCUUAUUUCAUUGCAUUUUGGAAUGGAAAACUUUAUGGAGUAGGGAGAUUUCAUAUACUCUUUCUCUUUUUUGUUGCUGUUAUGUUUGCGAUAAGUUUAAUAUCAUUAUUUUUUUAUCACUGUUAUUUGGUUAGUGAAAACAGAACCACACUGGAGGCAUUUAGAGCUCCCAUAUUUCGUACUGGAGAAGAUAAGCAUGGUUUCAGUUUGAGCAGAUUCAAUAAUUUUUGCGAAGUGUUUGGUGAUGAUGCAAAGAAAUGGUUCCUUCCAAUAAAAUCGAGUUUGGGCAAUGGAAUCGAAUUUCCUUUGAAUUUACAUCAACAGAGAACUUACCGAUCUAUGGAAUGUACUCAAAAUGGAUUGGAAACCAAUAGUUAACUGGAAGCCUGUACCUAACAUCACAGUGUCAUAUACUAUCACUAUAUGAUAGUGUUUAAUGAUUACUUAUAAUUUAUUCAAUAAAUUUUUUAAAAUUAUAUACCAAUAAA